AUUUCUAGUUCUCUCGUAUCAUGUUUCGUGCAAGGAUUCAGCAAAUUUUUAGUGCUGUUUGUACUCGUAGUCUUCGUGUAGAACUAGAAGAGAUUUUGGAGAGUUGUGAUCUCAGCUGCUGGUCUUCUUGAAAACUGUCCAUAUUAAAAGCAUAAACUUAUCCUCUGUUGCGAUACUUUGCUGCUCUCCGCUUGCAAUUGAGUGGAGAGAGUAUUGUACAAAUUGUUUUCCACGAUAUCAUUAUUAGAUCAGCGUACAAGACUUUUAACUUUGAAUUCGCAAUGGGUAUCUUACAUGCUGUGGCUUUCCUACUGCUCAUCGCGUUCGUUGAAUACGGCGCAUCGAGGGAGGUGGUGUAUGGUGUUAAUUGUGGUGGCGAGGCGCACACAGACAGCCAUGGCAUCAAGUACUCGAGAGACAAGAUGACUGAGGGAACUCCAUCGGAUUUCGGAAAGAGAAUGGCUAUUGCACGCGCCAAUGCCGCCGACCAGAUUUUGUAUCAAACUGAACGGUAUCACUUCAAGACUUUCAGCUACACUGUGCCACUGAACAGGGAAGGCAACUACGUACUUGUUCUCAAAUUUUCUGAGGUGUACUUCUCUGGGUCAAGUCAAAAAGUAUUUGAUGUCCAUCUGAACGGCGAGCCAGUUGUGUCUGAACUUGACAUCUUUGAUCGGGUAGGCAAAGGUGUUGCGCACGAUGAUUAUGUCUCUUUCUCCGUAAAGAGUGGCCAGCUGAAUGUCAAUGGCAACAUUAUGCCGUUUGACGGAAAGCUGGUGGUUAGCUUUGUCAAGGGCUCCUAUGACAACCCCAAGUGCAAUGCGUUCUACAUCAUGCGAGGAGCAUUGGAUGAUGUUCCACGUCUGCCCGAGGUUGAGGCAGAAGCGGAAGAGGAGGAGGAGGAAGAUACCGAUGAGGAUGAUGAGCAGCAGCAGCAGCAACGCGGAGCAUCCCAGGGACCACAGUCUAGCUUCCAAAAGAAGUCCGGGCGGCCGAAACGCAACCCAUAUGACGCCGAGAGCACAUCCUGGAUCACUCCUGUUGUCAUGGCUCUGGCCAUUGUCCUUCCUCUUGUUUUCUGCUUAUGCCGAUUUUAGACACUGAGGAUUCUGCACAUAUUUCCUGGUAUUUCCCAUCUAUGCCUAGGUCAUGUGUAGUGUGGCCUGCAGAUUUGCACGGACUCUUGUGUGAUCACGGAAGUGCUCACACUGAAUAGUAUCCUGGACCGCUCAUUCUGACCUAUGCCUGCAGGCCCCACAUACACACACUGGUCACUGCUUCGACUGUGGUUGGAUGUUCGUGCAUCUAACUGCUGCUGCAGGCUAGGUCACUGUGCAUAUUUUUCCACGUGCAUGGUCGCGUGUGUCAUUAAUUAACAUCUAUUUCUGUCAUUUAUUGUUAUUGUCAUUAUUUAGGCACAAGAGUCAUGCCAUAAUAGGUUGGUGCUUUCUGCGAAAUUGCUACCGGUGAAAACACCUAUUGCCUGGACAUCUUCCCGUCAUAACUUAACUUAGGGCAAUGCUGCCAUACCAAUUUCUGCCGAGACUCUUAUGCCUCUUCA